AGGGUUUUACCAUCUGAGCGGCAAGGAUCAGUGAUGAGUUACACGGCGAGACUGUCAAGCGUCUCCGCGACAAUCAAUGCAUAUCACUACCACUCGAUAUUUGGUGAUGUCUGCUCUACACGGUUUCAGAAGUUGGCAAGGUUCUUGUUCACAUCAUCGUGGGUUCUGUGCAUUGUGCUGGCGAUACCCACCUCGAAGAGCUGGUUUUGGACAUUUAUGCCUUUAAGGGCGGGCGGUAUAGCGCUGGGUCUGUUCCUGGUGACGUGUUUGAGGAAGAACAACCUCCACGUUGAUUUUUUGGGCUAUAAGACUCUGGCAAGUCAGGUUGUCGGGCAGUUGCUGAAUAAAAAGUUCAUUUGGACAUUGAUCAUCUAUAUGAUCUCAGCAACUCUGUUCUUUAGCAUUGUGUUCCAAGACCUGACGGCUAUACCAAUUACAACCUCCUCGAGAAUUCACCAAUAUCCUCCAUUGAACGAUCAGUUUGUGUUUUAUUGGUUCUUCUCCUUUUAUGCCUCUUUAAUAUACAGUCUACAACACGCGGUGUUCGACAAAGAUCGUUUGAUCUUCACAUACGGUAACUUCCAUACUCAUCCAAAGAACACCAUUGCUGCUAAACUGCCCCAAGUCAUCUCAAACACAAUCAUCUUUUCUCUCUUCACCACCAUCACGGCACCCUUGGUCUACCUCCUUGUUAGAUCGUACAUCAUUGACGUUGUGCUCUUCAUCUUGGGAUUCUUUCUCCCUUUCAACCAAAACCAGCCUUCCUACAACGUCACACUUGGCCUUUUCUUCAAGACGUUGUUCUUUGCGUUGGUUCUCUUUGCCAGUUGGGAGAUGACAAACAUGGCAUUCAACGCAUAUCUAUCAAUCGGUUGUUUACACCGUGGUCAUGCAAUUUCAGAAUUAUCAGCAGACCCGUUGGGUACACUCAUUGAAGGCUUGAAAUCUGAUAAGCUUUUUACCAAAAUGACAGCUUUCCAAGAGUUGGCUUACAUUGCAAAAAGUGAUGAUUCUGAUGCUAGAUUGGCAAUAUACAACAGAAAUAACAAGAGGGAGUUUCUAUGGGGUGAAAUAUUACAAGAAUGCGAAAAGACUAUCAGGGUAAAUAACAUCAACGUGAACAACACUCUUGUGAAGGAACCGGAAAAACGCAUUGUCAAACCAAGAAGAAAUUCUAGAGAUCAGCACAUCUUUGGCCGUGAUUACUAUUCAAUCGAAAAUGAAUUCAAAGAUAGUGAUCUAUAUGUCAAGCCUCUAAGAUCAGAAUCUUCUGGAUUUUUUGACAAUAGCACAAUAGCAGAGAUUAUAACUCAUUUGAAGAAGGUGUGGAAGACCUCAAAAGACUAUUACCAUCUUUUCAUCAUAUCUGGGUUUGGUAUACCAUUUAGACACAGCGUUCUUCGCGAGACAGAAAGAAUAUGUCCAGUACCGGUAACUGUGGGGAAUGCAAUCAUUGCAGUCUCAUUAUUGACGACUCACGCAUAUGACGAGGAUAAGAAGGGAACAGUUUCUUCCACGGUUGCGGAUGUAAUGAAUAUCUUGGAACAAUCCGUGUCGUCCUGUGGCCGCUUCGCACAGAAUCCACCAGAAGACCUUGUCGAUAGAGAUGAAGAUAACUUGAUUUCAGUACUACAUGAUCUUUCGAUGAAUGCCUUCUUUGAAGUUACCAUGAAGUACUCUGAGGUGUUAAAAGACGUGACACUCCCAAGUAAUGUAUUGCGUCUUGUCAACUGGACAUUUGAAACAGCUUCUGACGAGCAUGAAUAUUGAUGCAUGGUUUUAUUUAUACAGACCUACGCUAACUCCAAUCUACAAGGACAACAAAUGUUACAACCAAU